AUGGAUUUUUUGAAGUCUGCCGUUGCCUCUGCUAUUUCGAAAGGCAGCGCAUUGCCCUACUCCUUUGGGGAUCGGGUUGAUCAAGGCGAGUCCAUUUGGACACUACACAAUGGCACGAAACGGGAAGAUGGCUCUUCAUGUUCCAUAUUCACGUUUGAGAUCGCCCCAAACAGGUCACGGCUGCCACUUGCGAGGAACGCGUUGCGCAAACUAAGGACGUUGCGCCAUCCUGGGGUCUUGAAGGUGCUGGAUACUGUUGAGACCGAAACACAGAUUUUUAUCGUGACCGAGAGAGUCACACCAUUAUCCUGGAAGGUAAAGCGACGAAGCCUAUCAGAAGAAACAGCAAAAUGGGGUCUAUAUUCUAUUGCGGCAACCGUCAAGUUCAUAAAUGAAGAUGCUACCUCUGUUCAUGGUGCUCUCCGAGUGUCGUCUAUCUAUACAAGCGAAAGUGGAGAGUGGAAACUUGGUGGCUUUGAUCUUCUUAGCUCCAUGAAAGAAGAUGACCCAGUAAUAUACCAAUAUGGUAGCAUUUUGCCUGACUCGAAUCGCUAUGCGCCCCCAGAGAUCUCAAAAGGGGGCUGGGAAGUGAUUAAGAGUAAUCCUGUGUUCGCAGCGGAUUCGUACAAUUUUGGAGCCUUGAUUUUUGAAAUAUUUAACAGUAGUUUUCAGAAUGGCCAAGCUGGUCAGACCUCAAAUAUCCCUCCUAGCAUGCACCAAAGCUACAAAAAGUUAGUAAAUAUGAAUCCGAAAUUAAGGCUGAGCGUCGCGCAUUUCAUCGAAAUGGGACGGCGAGCUGGAGGAUUCUUCGACUCCGCCCUCAUUCGAUUAACGGAAGACAUUGAAAGCCUAGGGUUAAAAAGCAAUGAAGAGCGGGAGGAAUUCAUCAAUGAACUGGAUGAUUUAUCUGAUGACUUCCCAGAGGAUUUCUUCAAAAUGAAAAUUAUGCCUGAGUUGUUGAAAUCUGUGGAAUUUGGCGGUGGAGGUCCCAAAGUUCUUAAGACGGUUCUGAAGAUUGGUACCAAACUUACCGACGACGAAUAUAGCCAGAAGCUCACGCCUGCUGUGGUACGCUUAUUUGCAAACCCAGAUCGUGCAAUCCGUGUUUGUUUGCUGGACAAUCUACCACUAAUGAUAGAUCGAUUGCCACAAAAAGUAGUGAAUGAUAAGAUCUUCCCGCAAAUGGUGACUGGCUUUACCGAUAUUGCUCCCGCAGUGAGGGAACAAACUGUCAAGGCCGUUCUUACAGUGAUAGGGAAGCUCUCAGACCGAACCAUCGAUGGCGACCUGUUAAGAUAUCUCGCAAAAACUGCAAACGAUGAACAGCCAGGUAUCCGUACAAAUACCACAAUAUGUCUAGGGAAAAUAGCCAGGAACCUGGGUAAAAGCUCAAGGGCGAAAGUCCUCGUCGCUGCAUUUUCGCGGUCUCUAAGAGACCCCUUUGUCCAUGCUAGAAAUGCAUCGCUGUUGGCUUUUGCAGCAACUAUAGAUGUCUUCAGCGAGGAAGACUGCGCUACAAAAGUUAUACCAGCUAUUAGUCCAGCACUUAUAGAUAAGGAAAAAAUCGUUCGAGACCAGGCAAGCAAAACAUUUGAUGCCUACCUUGAACGAAUCCGACAAUUUGCAUCUACUAUGGCCGAUACAGCCCUACCACCGCAGGUGGCUCUAGAUGCAUCUUCGUCUGGUGGUGUCAAAGCGGCAGUAACAAACGGAGCAUCAUGGGCUGGAUGGGCCAUAUCCUCAUUCACAAAUAAACCUACGAGUACUAAAGGCGAGAUCCAGCAGAGCACUACUCAUAUAGUAUCCGACAGCUCAAACCGGUCAUCCUCUCUAUUGCGAACCAACGAGAAGCAGCCCACGCGGCCUUUGAACACAACAGCAGUAUCAUGCCCUAAUGUACGUUCCAUAAAUCGAAUACAGACUGAGCAAGCAUCAGAGCAAGCUGCCGCCGAAGAUGACGGCUUUGAGACCUGGGGCGAUAUGGAUGAUCAACAUAAAGACCCGGAGCAAGAGGAAGCAGACACGUUUUUUGAAUCCCGAGGCUCACCUGCUCCCACUCCAUCAAUGACCACGCCAUCUGUACCAUUUGAUGACGGUGGAGAACCAGAUUUUGCAGGGUGGCUAGCUGCACAGUCAAAGGCGAAGACCAAAAAGGCUCUUCCCAAAGGUUUGGCUAAAUCCACCACGUCAAUUGGUACAACAAACAAAGCUUCCACCUUACGAUCGACAACCUCAAAACCGAUUAUUUCUGGGGCUGGGACGGCGUCGAAGCCGAAACGGAUAGUCCAACCUGCGAAAAAGGCGACUGAGAUCAAGCCAAAGCCUGAGCCAACGGCUGCGGAGGAUGAUGACUGGGGUAACGAUUGGGAUUAA